GGCCGUUGCCUAGGAAGGGCAGAAACAGGCGGAGGGGGCGGCCGUGCGGGGAAGAUGGCGGCGAGGUUCCUGCUUUCGAGGUUUUGCGGCCCGCUCCUGCUGCUGCUCUGGGCAGCGGCGCUGGGAGGCGGAGAGGCGCUGGGCUCCUUGAACCUGCUGGAGCUCAGCGAGCUGAAGUACGGGAUCGAGAUCGGGGCCGAGCCAGUGAUGGCCGGGCAGAGUAAAUCUGCCGAUGUGGUGACCAUCUCCUCAAAAUACAAGCAGAAAUAUGAGUGCCGGCUGCCUGCUGCGGCUGUGAAGAUACAUCAGGACAAAGAGGAAGAUCCACAGAGCUAUACUGGCCUGGGAAUCUCAGAACUGCUGAAGCCCAUGGAAGCCGCACCUUGCCUUAUCAAGACCAAGGACUGGUGGACCUACGAGUUUUGCUACGGGAAGCACAUCCAGCAAUAUCACAUGGAAGAAUCUGAAAUCAAGGGCGAUAUCUUAUACCUUGGAUAUUACCAAUCUGCAUUUGACUGGGACAAUGAAACGGCAAAGGCUUCUAAGCAACACAAAUUGAAGCGUUAUCACAGCCAGACCUAUGUCAAUGGUUCCAAGUGUAACCUGAAUGGGAAGCCCAGGGAGGCUGAAGUCAGGUUCCUGUGUGAGGAAGGUGCAGGUGACUACAUUGCCCGUGUGGAUGAACCUCAGUCCUGCUCCUAUGUUCUGACCGUCCACACCACCCGCAUCUGCCAUCACCCAUUCCUGCGGCCUCCAUCCACAGCCUCCCCUCAGACCAUCCACUGCCAUCCAGCUUUGAGCCCGACUGAAUAUGUGGAGUAUGUCAAGGCCCAAGUGUCUGAUACCAAGCGCAAAGUGGAGGAGAUCUCAGAAGAGCUGAAAGCAUUAGACACACGACUGUGGAAUGAGCCAGACCGUAACUCUGCUAUUCAAGAUGCAGAUGGAAAUGUGACCCCAGCUCCUUCUUCCCCUCCUGAAACUGAACAAGACGAUGACACCAAUUUCUGGGAGGGAGUAAUGCGUGGAGAUGGAAAAGCAUCCCAGAUGCCAAAAGACACAGAGGAGGAAGAAUCAAUCCUAAAAACAGAAGAAAGUCAUCUGGCAGAUUUCAAGAAAAAAAUACACUUUAAAGUUAUCCGGAAUCCUGGAGAUCUGGUUCAGUUCAUUCAUGAUUUGAAGGAGAGUGCCAGGAAGAGUAAGGAGAAGACUAGUGAAUCAGAAGGAGGUUUGCAAGAUGCCUCACCCAAAAAAGAGUCAACAGGAGAGAUGGGGAAGCCUGAAGAAGGGGCCCAGGAAGAGGAGGAGGAGGAUGAAGAAGAACUUCUGGGGAAGUUCGAGAAGGAGCUGGAAGACAUCCUGCUGCCAAAGUCUGAAAUGGCCAAACUGAAGGAAGAGGUGAAAUCUGAGAUGGAGAAGGAGUUUGAUCACAUCAUUAAUGAGGUGAAGGAUGAGCUAGAAACAGAAGGCUUGAAAGGGGAGUUUGAUCGAAAGCAAGCCUCAAAGUCUUUGGCAUCAACUCUCAACAAGCUUAUUGAUAAGCUGGAUUCAGGCAAAGUCCAAAAUAAAGGUGAUAAAGAGCAAGAGAAGAAACCAGAAGAAGAAGAGGAGGAGGAGGAGGAGACACCACUGGAUGGAGGAGAUUCUGCUAAAGAAGAUGCAGCCAGUGAUGGCAACCCGGACGGGCGCGUGAAAGUCAGGGUCACUAAAGUCAAGCCAGGUAGCACCCGGCAGAAGGAGCUGCGAGUCCAAGAGAUGAGCAGGGACAAUCCACAGCUGCGCCACAUAGAGAGUGUGGUUAAGGACCUGUUGGAGAAGGAAGGCCUGAAGGCAGAAGGUAAAAUUGAAAUCAAGAUAGUGACGACAGGUGGCUUGGGAGACGAUGAUGAUACUCAUUGGCUGUCAGAAGAGGACACCAAGAACCUCAAGGAUAUUUUCUUCAACAUUUUGAUCCAGGGUACGGAAGAAGCUCACAAGGAACAGCGGCGCCAGCGUCAGCUGGAAGACAACUACCGUUUUGUGUGGGGACGCAACCAGGAAGAGCUACCAACUACUGGUGGCACGGAUUCAGAUGAGUUGGAUUUCUGAACCUCACUGGUCCUUAGAACUUUGCCAACCAUGCAGGACUGGGUGUCACCUUCCACUUGAUAAUCAAAAGGAGGAUCAAUGAUUUUCCACAGUGAUCAGAAUCCCACUUGAAUGCUCACAAAGCAAGCAGCCAGUGCAAGGGGCAUCUUGGUUCUCAGGUGCAAAAUACCUUCUUUAGACCGACAGCUGUCAUGCCAAGUUUUACCAAGGCACCUUCAUCACCUUUCUUCACCAUAUCACAAUGGUAUCUGUCAGCUGUCUCCAAUAGUACUGUGGCCUUUCCUCAGAUCCUAAACUUUGGUGCCCUCCAGUGCCGAGCUAUUGGCUACAUCCUCCAGCUCCCAGCCAGCUGUGCUUGGCUGGAGGAGGAGAAAGGCCAGGGUGCCCCCUGCCCCAGUGGAAGUUAAGGGCAGAUCCAACUCUCCCGACCUGAGACUGUUAAUCCCCAUCCUGCUCCAGAGCCCCUACCAAAAAAAGCCCUUCAAUUCAGUGAAUGGUGGAAUCAGGGUAAAAAACCUUUGUUUCUUAAUGCCUUGUAUAUUUGGAUAAAUUCUUACCUCUGCACCCCACCCCACCCUGGUCUGGUUUGUGUAAGUGGUGUCACCUGUGUGCCUUGAAAUGUCAAACUGAAAGGAGAGGGCUAGUAUCUUUAUUUUGUUUAGGCCUCUUCUCAAAUCCUCUCCCCUUUUUUUGGCUUUUUGUCUGAAAGUUUGUGAAUUGAGCACAAAUAAGCCCCAAGUUGUACUGGCCAUUCUUCAUGACCAACUUCUCUGAUGCUGCUCCAAGGUCAUGUGGAAGCUGGCAGUUUGAGCUCAUGAAUACAGCAAAGAGAAUGCAGAAUGAUGUGAAGGAAAGGUAUUGGGUACUGCUUUCCGUUGUUGCAUUGUUUAAUCUCUGCUAGAACUCUAGGAAUAGAACAUGAACUGGAUAGAAAAAAAAGUCCAGCCUCUGUGGACGAGCCCUACAGACGGGGCUGGCUGUUCCUUCUGUGAAACCCCAAGCUACAAACUUGGCUGGAAACUCUUCCAGUAAGAAAGUAAAUCCAGUUCAAACACAGAACAAUCAAAGCUACUUCAUGGGUGACUGGAGAGAAAGAAUUGCUCCCCCAGGAAAGAGGUGAGGCUGGAAGAAUCCUGCCCGUCUCUCUUGGCACAUCGAGGACUAUUCACAGUUCCUUUUUUUCUGUCAAUAAAUCCAGAUCACCCAA